CUUCUUGGCAUCCAUCAUGACGCUCAAUAUUACCAUUGGUCCUAGCGCACACGGUUCAGACCGUUCCUCCAUAACUGAUGAGGAGGACUCCUCUGGAGUACAGGUAUCUCCAAUUUCCGACUCUGAAAGCCACGGAUACAAUGAUUCUUAUGAAGAAUGGGCGCAUCUCACGUAUCCCGACGAACUGAAGCCGUCCGAUUCAGCAUCACGGCCCCGGACGUCACGUCAUCCUCGCCCUCGCAGUACGAUACGUGGCCCGACCUCAACCACAAGCCGCCGACACUCAGAAAGACGACAUAUGGUUCAGGAACGGGACGCGUACACCCGUCGUUCUCGCCGACAUCCUUCGCCAGAUUCGCCUGAAAGCGCUGACUCGGCUGAUGAGUACGGAGGGCCUUAUGGUCACACAGCACAAGAAAGACGAUACUGGUCAACUGUGCCUCAAGUUCCGGGCUACGCCCGCAGCUCGUCACCUGGGCAGUCAUACGUUUAUCCUACCGGACCUGGUAUGCCCCACGGGCAGUUCAUGCACCCACCUGGUUUCCCCUCUCCGUCAGACCAACUUGUAAGACUAGGCCAUAAUGGUCAGGCCCCCCAGCAGACGGCGUACCCUCACCCUGUUUACGGGUAUGGCGCUCAGUUACAGCAACCUCAUGGCCCUCCUAUACCCCCAUUCUUCGUCCACGAACAUCAUCCGGGUCAUCAUGCACACCAACUUCCGACAGCAUCCCAUGGCCGAGGAGAGGGUAACAACCCACCUCAGCGCGCAAUGUCUCAUAUGUCGGCUCAUGGCCCCCCUCCUUAUGGUGGGCCACCUUUGAGCCCUCACGAACUGGUUCCCUAUGGCUCAGGGGGAUAUUACCCUUAUCGGGAACCAUAUUCAAUGGUUCCUGGGAUGAUUCCUCCAUACUUCAACCCCUAUCCACGCGUGCCGUCUCCGAGUCAAGUCGAGUCGCCCGAGUCGCCCGCCCCCGCCCCUGUUGAUACAGUGAAAGAUGAGGCUAUCGCAAGGUUAGAGAAGUUGAUAAUGGAAGAAAGGACCGAACGUGAGGCCCGGGAAGCCCGGGAAGCUGCUCGACAAGCCGCAAUCGAGCAAGAGGCCGCAGAUCAAGCCGCCAGAGAGGAACGAGCUGCUUAUGAAAAGAAGAUCACAGAGGAGGCUGCAGCGCGAGCUAGAGCAGAGGCCGAGCAAAAAGCUGCUGAAGAAGCCGCAAAAGCAAAGCAAGAGGCGGAAGAAGCGGCGGCGGCGGCGGCGGCAGAAGCAGCGGCAGCAGCGACAGAGGCUGCGAACGCAGCAGCGGCAGAGGCAGUCGCCGCAGCUACUGCAGCCGCAGCCGCAGCCGCAAGUCCACCUCCUCCAGAGAAGAAAAAGCCUAUAAAGUUCAAGGAUGCUUUAGGAAGAAAAUUCAGUUUUCCUUUCGACUUAUGCUGCACUUGGCAGGGAAUGGAAGAACUUAUACGUCAAGCUUUUCUUCACAUCGAGAUAAUCGGACCUCACGUUGCCGAGGGUCACUAUGACUUGAUAGGACCCAACGGUGAUAUAAUUCUUCCCCAGGUUUGGGAGACGGUCAUUGAGCCCGACUGGACUAUAACGAUGCACAUGUGGCCUAUACCCGAGAAGCCAAAGACUCCCGAACCUGCUCCGCCACCUGAACCUGUUCCUCAAGAUCCGCCCCCUCCCGAGGUUCCAGAAGCGCCCUCUGAGGAAGCUGUCAUUGUACUUGAAGAGCCCAAAAAGAAGUCGGAGCCGGCAGGUUCCAAAAAAUCACGCACCAAGGCCUCUGACCCUGGCCCACUUGCAUUGUGGAUGGUUGGUGGUAAUCGCUUGCGCCUAAACAAGGCUUUAAAAACGGGAAAAAAGCCUAAAGCAGUCUAUCACGGGAUCUCUUGCCGUGUCAUGUGAAGUUUCUCGGGUUCACAGUCUGUACUCACAUAUCACAAAUCCGUAUGUCUAUAUGUGUAUACGAUCGGACUGGACUUUUUUCGAGGAAGCAGCUGCAUCCAGAUUCGGGAGAUAUUAACACGGGGUACGUGUCAUUCGUUACACCAUAACUCAUCACAAAGUUCAGAAAUACUAACCGGGUCAUGGUCUCCUAUAGUAAUACUCUGUGUGACACGUGUUGUGAAUCUCGAGCUUUCUUCACUCUUGUCUGCUUUAGACGGGGCAUGGCUUUUCCUCUCGUUUAUUCG